UAUUACCUAUAUUCAGGGUCAUAUUGUUGUGCAAAUAUGUCGCUGCCCUUAUAUCAUUUUACCGACGCUAAAGACAAAUUUACGGCUUCGGCCAGACGCGCUCUGGCAGCAAAGACCAGCAAACAUUUGAUAAAUGCUUUCAACCAGAUACCUGGAAAUGAGACGGAAAAGAAAACCACCCUUGACCAAGCUUUGAGAGUGGUCCUCGGGGAGCAGAAUGUUGAACAGAAAACAAGCUGUGAUGACUACUUGUCUCUCAUUGAUCUCAGUAUCGAUGCAGCUACAGAGGGUAUCUGUUCCGCCACAACUCCCUUCCUCUUGCUGGGGGAUAUACUGGACUGCCUUCCUCUUGACCAGUGUGACAAGAUAUUCUCUUUUGUUGAGGAAAACGUCUCCACCUGGAAAUCGAACUCCUUUUACACAGCCGGGAAGAACUACUUAUUGAGGAUGUGUAACGAUCUCUUGAGGAGGCUGUCUAAAUCCCAGAAUACUGUAUUCUGUGGGCGAAUCCAGCUUUUUCUGGCCCGCCUUUUCCCCUUGUCUGAGAAAUCGGGUCUCAAUCUCCAGAGCCAGUUUAACCUAGACAACAUCACGGUAUUCAACAAAAAUGAACAAGAGAGCACUCUUGGACAAAAGCAUACAGAAGAAAAGGAAGAUGGCAUGGAGGUAGAGGAAGGAGAAAUGGGGGAAGAGGACACACCUGCUCCAUGUUCCAUUCCAAUCGACUACAACUUGUACAGAAAGUUCUGGACCCUGCAAGACUACUUCAGAAACCCUGUGCAGUGUUAUGACAAGUUCUCUUGGAUGACGUUUCUCAAGUAUUCAGAUGAGACCCUGGCAGUGUUUAAGAGCUACAAGCUGGAUGACAUGCAGGUAUCAAAGAGGAAGCUGGAGGAGGAGCUGAGAACAUCCGGAGGAGAACAUGUCUACUUUGCCAAGUUCCUCACUAGUGAAAAGCUGAUGGACCUGCAGCUCAGUGACAGCAACUUCCGGCGGCACAUCCUCUUGCAGUACCUCAUCCUCUUCCAGUAUCUGAAGGGCCAAGUCAAAUUCAAAAGCUCCAGUUGCAUUCUGAAUGAUGACCAGACAACGUGGAUCGAAGAGACGACCAAACUGGUCUACCAGCUGCUGAGAGAGAUUCCUCCAGAAGGAGAGAAGUUUGCCACCAUGGUAGAGCAUAUCCUAAACACAGAGGAAAACUGGAACGCUUGGAAGAAUGAGGGAUGUCCAAGUUUUGUUAAAGAGAGGACAUUGGAUGACAAACCCAAGAGGCCAACCAGGAAAAGACAAGCUCCGGAAGAUUUCCUUGGAAAGGGCCCGGACGUCAAGAUCUUCAUGGGAAAUGACGAGCUGACCAGGCUGUGGAACCUGAACUCGGACAACAUGGAGGCCUGCAAGUCAGAAAGCAGGGAAUUCAUGCCAUCCCUGGACGAGUUCUUUGCUGAGGCCAUUGAACAAGCUGACCCAGCUAAUAUGGUAGAGGAGGAGUACAAGGUUGUGCGGAACUCCAACUAUGGCUGGCGUGCUCUGAGGCUGCUGUCUAGAAGGAGUCCCCACUUCUUUCAGCCAACCAACCAGAAGUUCAAGAGCCUGGCUGACUACCUGGACAGCAUGGUUAGCAAAUUGGCCAAAGAGCUGCCGAAGGACAUCCCCUCUGAGGAGAUUAAAACAGGAGAGGAAGAUGACGAUGACAACUCAGACAAUCUUCUUAAAGAGAGCAAUGACAGUCCAAGCAUGCAGAGCAAGCUGGUGACAAACCAGCAGAUGGAUGAGCUAGCAGCCAAACUGGGUUCGCAGUGGAAGACUCUGGCCAGCCAGCUGGAGAUGAAGGCGGCAGAGUUGCGAGAGAUCGAGACAGACAGUGAAGACGUUGACAUGCAGGCCAAACUGCUGCUAGUGGCCUGGCAGGACAGAGAGGGAACUCAGGCUACUGUGGAGAACUUGGUCACAGCCCUCAAUGCAGCAGGAUUCUCCCAGUUUGCCGACAGCCUCAAUGAGGCUUAAUUUAGAUCAUCAGCAACCUUUGUCAUUUUGUAAUUAUACCGAAUCUUUUGUCCCAAAACAAACAUUUUUGUAUGUUGUGAUGUCAUAAAGCGUUACUGUUUUUAUGUAGGAAGUUCA